GUCGCACACCACACACCCCACGCCCACCGCCGCCAUGGGUCUCGCCGGGAACAAGAAGAAAACCAAACUCUCCGCCGACCCCAACAACACCGCCUGGGCCAAAUCCACCACAUCCUUCGGCCACAAAAUCCUCUCCAAACAAGGCUGGAAGCCUGGCGAUUAUCUCGGCGCAGAAAAUGCCUCGCAUUCAGAUCACUAUACCGCCGCCAAUGCCUCCCACAUCCGUGUAAUGCUUCGCGAAGACAAUCUCGGACUCGGCGCGAAAAUCGGAACACAGAAUGCCGAGACUUUCGGGUUGAGCAUGUUCUCUGGACUUCUGGGGCGAUUGAACGGGAAAGAGGAAGACCAAGUCGCGUUGAAAAAGAAAGAGGAGACGCUACGGGAUGUGCAGUUGAAGCUGAAAUACGGGAACCUGAACUUCGUGAGAGGAGGACUCCUAGUAGGCGAUAAGAUGUGCGAAGUCAAGACCGAUUUGGGACACUUAAAGGAAGGCGGGAAGAAGCGUAAAGCCAGCGACGCCGAAAACGACGAGGAUGAGGAGGCAGAAGACAGCAAAGCCGCAAAGAAACGACGAAAACAGAAAAAAAGACAAAAAGCCACCAACGGAACCGCAGCCGCAAUUAAAGAAAUGAAACGUCAACGAAGAAUGGAAGCCGGAGCAGAAGAUAUCCCCAGCACCACCGACGUUCCCUCGCGAGAAGCAGAAUCCACAUCAGACUCCACGAGCUCCAGCGAAGACGAAAAGCCCUCUUCCUCAUCAAAACGCAGCAAAAAGUCCUCGCGCAAAGAAUCCAAACGCUCAUCAGAAGACAGCAAUCCCAUCGAUAAAGACGAGAAAGCUCGCCUCAAGGCAGAGAAGCGCCAACGGAAAGAAGAGCGCCGGAAACGCAAAGAGGAGAAACGAGCAAAGCGAGCCGCGAAAGAGGCGAAGAAGGACUCAAAAUCUAGUUCUGCUGUUGCCAGCGAGUCAGAAGCCGCGACGACAGCAUCAGGGACGUCUACGCCAACGUUCCUGGGCGGGAGACAGGCUGUGCGACAUCGAUAUAUCAUGCAAAAGAGGAUGGCAGCGGGAAGUGCACAGGCGUUGAAGGAGAUUUUCAUGAUGAAGCCGCAGGUCGCUUCAUGAGACGAGAUGACACGGUAGCGAUAGAUUCUCAGCAUGUAUGCAUCAAAAGUAAUGGAACCACG